GUUUCGGAGCGGAUGUCGUAUAGACGGAUUAUGGGCGCGGCAACGGUGGCCCUGGCGGCGUUUAUCUUCAUUCUGUUCUUCGCGCCGAAUCUACCGACGUUGCUCAUUGGGGAGAUCUUGUGCGGUGUACCCUGGGGAGUGUUCCAGACGGUGACGACAGCCUAUGCGGCCGAAAUAUGUCCUGUUGCUCUCAGGGGGUAUCUCACUACGUAUGUGAACCUGUGCUGGGUGGUUGGCCAGUUCAUCGCCACAGGGGUGCUAAGAGCCUGUCUGCAUCUCGAGGGCGAGUGGAGCUACCGCAUCCCCUUUGCGUUGCAAUGGGCAUGGCUUCCCUUCAUCCUGGUCUCUGUAUGGUUUGGCCCUGAAUCGCCGUGGUGGUUAGUGAAAAGAGGGCGAAAAGACGAGGCCAGACAAGUGCUCGCUCGUCUGUAUAGAGCCACUACAUCCGCCGACGAGAAGGAAGCAGAUAGUGCGCUCGAUAAUACCCUCUCACUCAUGAUAUAUACCUGUGAAAUGGAAAAGACAUCGUUGCCCUCAUCCACGUCCUUCCUCGACUGCUUCCUAUCCGGACCCAACCGUCGCCGUACGGAAAUCACCUGCAUCGCAUGGGCCAUUCAAGCCCUCUGCGGUUCCUCCUUCAUGGGGUACUCAACAUACUUCUAUCAGCAGGCGGGCCUGGAUGUAUCACAGUCCUUCAACAUGUCAUUGGGCCAAUACGCGUUCGGCGUUGUAGGCACAGUCCUCUCGUGGAUAAUGAUGAGCCGGUUCGGGCGGCGCUCGCUAUACGUGGGCGGGUUAUUUGCACUUGCUCUGAUUCUCUUCUCUGUCGGGUUUGCAUCGCUCUCGGAUUCAAAGGCUACAGGGUGGGCAAUUGGGAGUCUCUUGCUUGUGUUUACGUUCAUGUAUGAUUGCACCAUUGGGCCCGUGUGCUAUUCUAUUGUUGCGGAGAUGCCGUCAACUCAACUGCGUGCCCGGACGAUUGUGCUGGCGCGGAAUGUCUAUAACAUGUUUAUGAUUGUCAAUGGAGUGAUUGUACCGAGGAUGCUGAAUCCCACAGCUUGGGACUGGAGGGGGAAGACGGGCUUUUUCUGGGCUGGGAUUACGGUUGUACUGUUUGUCUGGACGUAUUUCAGACUGCCUGAGUCCAAGGGGAGGACGUUCGCGGAGAUGGAUAUCUUGUUUGAGAAGGAAAUUUCAGCUAGGAAGUUCAAGGGUACGGUGGUUAAUAUUGGUCAAACUUAGUAUAUGUAUUUUGGGUUGUUCGAACAUGUAGCCCUACUUGAGGUUAUUCAGAUCAACCCUCCGGGGACCUGUCAGGGGCAGAUUAACAGGAAUUGAACCAGCCUUGUCUGCACCUCCA